GGCGCGGCGGCGGCGGCACCGUCCCAGCGGGGCGCGGCGGCGGCGGCCCGGGCCGGGCAUGGAAGUGGAGAAGAUGGAUGAGAAUGAAUGGAAGUACCACGGGGAAGGCAACCAGAGCCUCGUCGUCUCCCACUGCCAGCGCUGUGUGGUGCUGCGGUUUUUGAAGUCUCCCCCAAACCAGAAUAAGACUUCAGAGGAAAUACUACACCACCUGCAAAACAUCGUAGAUUUUGGAAAACAUGUCAUGAAGCAGUUCUUUGGGGAGAACUAUGUUCAUCACGGGGAGAUUAUCCAACUGCCUUUAGACUUCGUCAGACAGCUCUGUUUAAAGAUUCAGCCAGAGAGGCCAGAGUCUCGCUGUGACAAAGACAUGGACACUCUCAGUGGUUACGCCAUGUGCCUUCCCAACCUCACCCGGCUGCAGACCUACCGCUUCGUGGAGCACCGGCCCAUCCUCUGCAUAGAGAUCAAGCCAAAGUGUGGCUUCAUCCCUUUCUCCAGCCAUGUUUCCCAGGAGAUAAAGCACAAGGUGUGUCGUUACUGUAUGCAUCAGCAUCUAAAGGUAGCCAAUGGAAAAUGGAAGCGACCGAGUAAAUACUGCCCGUUGGAUCUCUUCUCAGGAAAUAAACAGAGAAUGCACUUUGCUUUGAAGAGCUUAUUGCAGGAGGCACAGAACAACUUGAAAAUAUUUAAGAAUGGGGAGCUAAUUUAUGGCUGCAGAGAUGACCAGGACUGUGUCUCUGACUGGAACGAACUCGCACGUCACUUAAAACCUUUCUUCUUCCCUUCCAACGGGUUGGUCAGUGGCCCCCACUGUACAAGGACAAUUGUUAAAGAACUCAUCCACGUUAUAACUAUGACGCUACUAAGUAGUACUGAUGCCUGCAGGGCAGGUGACAUGAAGACAGUUCCCAUUUCACAAGGAAGAAGCUACUGUGAAGCAAGUGCUUUUAAUAAGGAGCUAGUGAGAAAUGGUAAACAUAAAUUGGAAAGCUCUGGCUUACCGAGGGGUUGUCUCCUUUAUAAAACCCUUCAGGCUCAGAUGCUGGACACGCUGGAUAUUGAAGGGCUCUAUCCUUUGUACAGCAGGGUUGAACAGUACCUAGAGGAAUUCCCUGAAGAGAGAAGUACAUUACAGAUAGAUGGACCUUACAAUGGAGCGUUCUAUGAGAAGCUGCUAGAUCUGUCGACGGAAGAUGAUGGGACAGUGGCAUUUGCACUAACAAAGGUGCAGCAGUACAGGAUAGCAAUGACUGCUAAAGACUGCUCCAUCAUGAUUGCCCUGUCACCCUGCCUCCAAGACGAAUGCUCGGAGCAAAGACCCGUGGUACUGACGUCCAAAUCGAGAUUCACUUUCUCUGUUUCUGUCCUGGACCUCGAUCUAAAGCCCUAUGAAAGCAUUCCUCAUCAGCACAAACUCGAUGGCAAGAUAGUAAACUAUUAUUUGAAGAAUGUACAGGCCAAAGAUGACCCAGUUAUGUCCAGUCUCUUCAAGGAGAAUGAAGACUGCACAUUAGUUCUUCAUAAAGUGUAGCUGUUUCUGUAAGGCUGUUUUUACUCAGACACAUUAGAAAGUGAAAGGUUAACAAUUAUGGUGAUUUAAACAAUUUUUCCCUAUUGUGUUCAGUGCAUUUUUCAGCUGUGAAUGUUUUUGCUUUAAGAAAUGACUCCUAAUUGAUAUGCCUUUUCAAAGAGAUGGAAUCGCACUAAACCACACAUUUGCUGUCUAACCUUAAUGAAUGUAUUGACUGGUGACAGAACAGGUAACGUGCCAUACCUUGGAACUAGAGGACACAUCCCAUUAAUACUCGAAGCCUCCUUCCUUAGAGUCGAAAGAGCACAGAAUUAGAGGUUUCCUGAAGUGUUGCACUAACAUAGAAAGCCUAAUAAUUACUAAUGAGAGAACUGCCUUGGAGCUUGUGCUCUGAGUCUCACUCCUGCCUACAAGGAAGAGGGAAUGCUCUGACAAACCCCAGUGUGAAGCUUGAGCAUUACAGCCCCUGCCAUGCAGUGGAACUGGCUGCCCAAGGGGUUCUGCUCUGUGCAGCUCCUGUCUGGCUGCACAACAACCCAAGUGCUGAUGCUUGAGAGUGAGACCACCAGGCUGCCCCCACAAGCUCUGUGAUCACCUUGUAGCUACCAAGAGCUUCUGAAACUAAGUGAAAAGGGUUAAAAGGUGAAGGUCUCAGAGUGUUCUGGGGCAGCUGGGGUGAAAUCCUCCACAUACUGGUCUCUUUUUCCCUACAGAUGAGAUGCUGCUAUUGAAGGUGAAACCACAGCUCGCUCUUCCCCAGUUGAAACUGAGCAAAGACAGUGACAUGUUCUGAGUUUUACAGAUUGCUUUGGGUUGCUUGUGCCAAACAUUGGCAUUACUUCACUGUAUCCCACACCUAGUGUAGUGUCAGCAGCUGCUUUCAGGAUCCUUUUUUGUAAGUGACCCAGAGAAGAGGUGACAGGGUGUGAGUCUUUGCAGGGGUCACUUUCUCAGGCCCAGUACUGGAGCUGACCUCCUCUCACUGCUUUGCUGGGUAAGUGCUGCCAUGAAAAUGUUGCAGGAAGAGACACUCUGAAGGAAGAUCCCGAGUAGGAGACUUAGGAUCUGUUGAAAGCUGAAGGCAUUUUGUCUGAAAUCCCUUUUCCCCCCAGCUGGGGGUAACCCACCCUGAGCUGUGUGAUCUUGGCUUCCAGGCUGCUUUCGGGGGCUACUUUCCCAAAUAAUGCAGGGUAGCAUUAAAAAAACCCACGUGUUGAGAUCCCAGCCUCAUGUUUGAGUUGUUGUGUUUUACCUGAAUUUCAAAAAGCAAACCCAGAAGGCCCUGUCUGUUGGCACAGCUCAAAGAAAAGCAUCAACUGGGGAGCAGCAGCCCCAAGGCUCUGCAGGGCCGUGAGCUGGCAGCUGACAGUGGCAGCAACAGCCUCCUCUCUCCAAAGGAAACCUGGAGUGAGAGACAGGGGUUGUGUUUCUAAAUGCAUAAAUCCUCCAGCUGUUAGAGGAGGGGAGGGAGGAAGGAAGGACUAAGCCACUAAGGUGUCAGGUUCUUAUGCUGUAACUACACACAUUUCAUCCACAAAUGGAAGUGUGUGUGCUGAUCAAACAGCUUCAUGUUCAUGCAAGGAGCUGAGGAGGACAUAAGGUAAAGGUUACACAAAGCAGGCUAAACCAGUACCCUGUCAGUGGAUAAGGUAGCAAUGAAUUUUGCCUGUCUCCUGGAUUCUAAACUUGAAAUUCGUCUGCCUUAUCUCUAAGGAGAUGUUUUAUUACAGAGUUGCUGUUCAUCAUGACCCAACCUCUGGCCUUGCUCAGCUGUGGGCUCUGACAGAAACCAGUCUCACCUGUCAGUUUUUUCUGACCUACCAGAACAGCAGGAGACUGUAUUAGUGAUCAGAUAGUAUGUUUAUAAUACCAUAAUCUCCAUCUACUGUUACUUUAGUUCUUGAUUUCGCCACCCAUUUCACUGUUGCUGUAAAAUAUUUUGUCAUCACUUCUAGAGGGGGCAGGCAGUCGUACUGCUGGCAACUUCAGGGCACCUGUGGGCUCCAGCUCUCCUCAUGCACCUCCAGAGUCCACAGUUGCUGGUUUUGGCUUCUUCACUCCAGGAACAAGAGCUGUUGCUCCCCACCUGGGCAGUCUGUGACUGGAUGAGGCAGGUGGGUGGUGACAGCCAGGGGUGCAUCUGAUAGGGGUGAAGGAAGCUCAGGAGACAUCUGCCUCAUCAGCUGUGUUUCUUCAGGGAUGAAUGUGUGAAAUGUGAUACUUUCAUAGUGUAUUCCCUACUAGAAUUUGCCCCUUGUGGUAGGAAACCCAAGCACAGCGCUGCAGUGAGCCAGGGGUUAACUCAUCCAGCUCUGCAGAAGCAUGAUGCUCCCUCUUCUUCAGUUCAGUGCUGGCUCUGCUCAACACAUUGUGGAAAAGAGUCCCUUCAUACAGUUACCCUUUUUGUGUUGGUGUUUGGGUUUUUUAAGCAUAGUGUGUCUUGGAAGUCUUCAGAUUGUCUGCUUCCACCCUAAUUUAAUGAGAAAGCUAUUUAACUCUUGAACAGACUCCUCAACACUGUUCUCUUGUCAUUCUAAAAAUCACUGUACUUCUACAGAGCUGUGAAAUGAAAUGGAUUUUUAUGGACUUGAUUCUGACAGUGCAUGAUCUUUUAACACUUUCCAGGUAUCUAGAAACAUUAAGGAGAUAAACCACUCUGGUACAUUAAUGAUUCAGAAAGAUGAUAAAUUUAUAAUGAAAUCACUCUGUACAUGUAACUAUUUUAUUUGGCAUUUUUGUAUUUAAAUGGCUGUAUUUAUUUUCCUGUCAUGACAAUUUAUAUAUAACGUGCCAUAAUUGUACAGACAGCAUGGGUCAUGAGUAUGGUUUCUAAAUGGAAAAUAACUUAAUGUUUAUAUUCAAUAAAACUAUAGA